AUGCUUUUCAAAAACAUGAUGGUCUUUACCGUGCUGGUAGCAUCCGUACUGGCAUCGCCAACCCCAGACCCAAAAAGAAAGAAGUCCAAGAACAAGAAGAAGGGAGAUGUUAUAGUUUACACUUGCGACAACUCCGUUGGCGAAUUCGAUAUCGAGCAAGAGUGGGCAACAGCUGCCGUGACGGAAGGAGGACCUGUGGAAGGAGUCAAUGUCUUCCCAUUCAUCUUCACCACCACCUAUCAAUUUCCCGAGGCCGAUGCAAGAUGCAAUGAGAAGGAUCAACCGCUGUUGACGUACCCAGUCAGAAAAGAUGGCUCUCUUGUCCUGAAGGCUGAAUCAGCAGACCCAACUACUCCCGUCAGAGUUGCAUAUCUGAAGCUUGAUGGAACGACUCUCUGUGGUGUUAUUUCACAUGUUAACGAGGAUGAAAAUGGUCGUGGCUCGGGUGAAUUGGCUCCUUGUCAAUUAUAG